ACAUUUCUAAGUGGAUUAAUGUGCAAAUGCAUGUUUUCACCCGAAUUGGCUGUAAAACAGAAGACAAAUAAACUCGGAUUUAAACCUACAUCAAUUAUGGAUCUGAGUUAUAUCAUCCCUGACAACCUGUUGACAACCUGGGAACACACGUAUAUACGCAUGUCUGGGACACAAGCCAGCCCAGAACUACCAAUGCACAUUUCUGAAACUAGAGUUGAUAUGGUACUCUUUCUAUCCCUCCUUUUCUAUUCUUUUAUUUAAAUAACUUCAUUUGUUCCGAUAUCAGAGCAAGGGGGCGAGUAUAGGGAAACAUGCCUGAUGGAAAGAUCCUUCCAAAACUUUCCAAAACCACAGAGUGCACAUCUCGGUCCUGAUCUUUUGGGAGGUACUGCGACGUGACCAGCAAUCUCUCACACAGUGGCCGUGUGUACCAGGCAACACAAGCUGGCAUCCGCUUCUCUGUCAGGGGUAAUUAACUUCCUGAUGUGGGGGGGUGGGUGAGCCUGCCUGCUUCUUUGAUUUGCAUUGCCGGAGAGUUUGAAGGUUAAAGCUGAACUCUGGUGGAUCUGGCGCUCAGCCCCCGCAUCUUUCUGAUUCAGUUGCAUCUCCUUUUUCGCACUCCUACUCCAGCAUUUUUUCAGGAACCGCUUCUCGGCUCUGCACCCUCUGCCAGGACACAACCGUGGCACUGGCAAGCAGCUCCCUGCCAGCACAGAAGACAGAAAACCAACAGCAGCACGACACGAACACUAGAAUUAUAUCAGGCUGCGAAGUUUCUCUUUUAUUAAAGUAAAAAAAGCCAACAACAACAUGCAAAGAGCAGGCGGGCCCUCUGCCGCUCCGCCCCACGCCUUCAGUUUCGAUUCCUGAAGGCAAGAGGCUGCCUCGUCGCCUGCCUCCUUGUCUCCCGAGGCAGAAAGGCAACGAUGAGCGACCCGGUGGUGUGCAGCUUCCUCACCAAGACCCUGUGUGCCCAGGGCGGCCGGCUGGGGCUCACGGAGCUCCGGGAGCACAUCGACCUGUCGGAGCAGCAGCUGGUGGAGACGCUGCAGGCAGCGGGGCCCCGGCGGUUCCUGCUGACUAGAGACGAUGGCCUCCCCGCCGAGGUGCUGGCCAUGUCGGAUGUGCGGGUCUGUGUCCUCAAGGAGUGCCAGGGCUGCGACCGCCUGCACCUCUGCAAGCUGCACCUCAGGGGCAAGUGCAACCUGGGCCCCAGAGCUUGUAGGUACUCUCAUGACAUCAGCAGCGCUGAGAACAAAAAAGUCCUAAAGACCCAUGAGUUGUCUGGCCUCAGUGAGGAUGAGCUGCGAGUCCUGCUUCUCCAAAAUGACCCUUUCUUCCUUCCCGAUGUCUGCCAAUUUUACAACAGAAGGGAUGGUGUCUGCAACCAGAAAAACAACUGCAGCAGGCUUCAUAUUUGCCGACACUAUCUCCAAGGGAAAUGUAAAUUUUUUGUAUGCAAGAGGUCCCAUAAGCUCUUGGAUGAACACCCACGGAGAGUGUUGGAAACUGCAGGCAUUGAUGCGAAGAUAGUUUCAAACUUCCAAAUUAUAUAUGAUCACAAGCAUGUGGAGUUCAACAAGGAACAGAACAAGGAGAAAACUAAAUCCCAUCGUCACUUCCGUGUUUACAACUACAAGCGAGUAGAAACUUCGAGGAAAAAGCAGGCAGAUACAAACAGCGAAGAACAGAAGCUACCUUUAGAAACCACAGUGGGCUCCGGGGUGCAUGUACCACCUUCAAAAGAUCCCAGUAGCAACGAACCUCCUCAGAGCCGACACGAGUUGCCAGCAGGUGCCAGAGGUAAAGAUGAAGGUAAAAAAGACGAUUCCUCUGCGAACACUUUGAAGGACAAGAAGGAAGAUAACAGUGAUGAGAUCUGCUUGUUCUAUGUCUGGAAGUACUGCAAACAUAACGACAAAUGCAGAUCGAUUCAUUACCAUUUGCCAUAUCGAUGGCAAGUAUUUAAUGGGUUCACCUGGAAUGACCUUUCCAUGAUGGAGGAAAUUGAAAAGGCCUAUUGUGACCCAAAAAUGAACAGUAUAGCAGAUCAGAACAUUAAUUUCCAAACAAUGACCUGCUCCUCUUCGUUGCUUCGACGCCUCUCUACACCAUCAUCUGUCACACAACCCAUGUUUGUACUGACUACAAAGUGGAUUUGGUAUUGGCAGAAUGACCAAGGCCAGUGGAUUGAAUAUGGAGAACAGGGAGAAGGUGAUGUUGUGAACUCGCCAUCUUCUGACAUACUUGAGAAUUUGUAUCUGGCAGAUCCAGAUGCCACCGUACCUUUUCAGGCUGGAAAGUAUGGUUACCAGCUCAAUUUUAAAGAAAUGACCCAGACAAACAUUUCUUCUAAAACUAGAAGACGGGUCUGUAGGCGACCAAAGUUUGUGUCUUAUGAAGAAGUGCAGAAGAUAAAGCAAAGCAGUCAGAGGGAUUCUUCUAUUCCAAAUCAAGCCUGUCCUCCCCACUGGGAUCCAUUUGCCUUGCCUGACUCAAAAUACAAGGCAGUGGAGAUCAGUAACAUAUCCUCUGAAUACAAAGAAAUAAAGAAGCAGUUUGAGCAGACUAUGAAAACCUACAACAUCGUUAGAGUACAAAGGAUUCAGAAUCCAUCACUCUGGAAAGUAUUUCAGUGGAAAAAGGAGCAAAUGAAGAAGGAAGCUGGAAAGAAGGAAGUAAACGAAAGGCUCCUGUUCCAUGGAACCAAGGGUGCCCACCUGGAAGAUAUCUGCAUAAACAACUUUGACUGGAGAACUUGUGGAAGCAAUGGAGCCAACUAUGGAACGGGAAGUUACUUUGCUAGAGAUGCUUCAUAUUCCCAUGAAUACUGUCAGUCUGCAGUGAAACCAAACGUCAUGUUCAUGGCUCGUGUAUUGGUUGGAGAUUAUGUUCGAGGCAGGGCAGACUACGUUCGCCCGCCAACAAGGUCUGCUGACGGACUUUGGUUUUAUGACAGUUGUGUGGACAACGAGUUAAAUCCCUCCAUUUUUGUUAUCUUUGAAAAAAAUCAAAUUUACCCAGAGUAUCUGAUAGAAUAUAAGGAGGCAGAAAAAAAAUGUAUUAUAUCUUAAAGUGAUCAGAGCUGUUUGUAUCCCUCAUGUUAUCUUCCAAAUUGCAGGUGUUCUCAUAUUUCUUUUUAAUACAACAUUUUUGAAUGUUAAUCCAAAGAAUUUUUGUGUUGAGGAGGACUGGCAAAACAGAUGUUAUAUCUGUUGAGACUAAUUUCCUUGUCUUCUCCCUUUCUCUCCCAAAUGAAGCAUAGACAUUUGGAUAACCAUAGCAGAAAAAUCAGAAUCAUGGGACAGGAAAUUGAAUGCUACAACUUCUGUGGAUAAAUAAUUGUAAACACAUUUUCUUGGAAAUAGAGUAGAGAGGAUUUCUCUUUAUAAACAGGUUUGGUUAAGAGAAUAAUUAACGGUAUGGUAGUUUUUAAGCUUUCUGUUUUUUAGCAGUUCUCAAGAUUCUAACAGCAUUUUGCAAUGCUGAAGGCUUUGUAGAGACUUGAAAAUUCUUUUCAGUGCAGAAUAUGACUGUACUCGAUCCUCUUGUCUAUCAUGAAUCUAAACAAAUCAGUGUACGUAAGAAUGACUUGACUUAGUUUUCAAAGUGCUGUUUGUUAAUACCAGUACUAGUUUCAAGUUUAAAAUGGUAAAACAAAGAAUGAAAAGUUUAGUUUAAUUUCAUGUUGUAAAUUCUCAAUUGGAGAAGUUUCGUCUGUACAACGGCAGCUGCUGUUUUGAUCAGGAAAUUGCUGGAUCAAAUUCUUUUUGCAGAUUUGCAGUAACUUGCUCUGUGACCUAUAAAGAAAUACAUCUGGAGUGAAACUAUGAAAAUCACAACCUGUGAAUAAGCUAAACUAAAAUUUGGUGGUUUGGCUGCAGCUAAUGGUUGUAUGUACAUAAAGGCUGUGUGACAGUCAGCUAGGCUUUCAAGUGAAUGUGGCCAUGUACUUUCUCACUGUGAACACUUGCCUAGCAAAUGCUGUAGGACCAGAGAAACAUCUUAAGAAACAUUGAUCUUUUCAGUCCUACUUGUGUAUGUUAAUUUUCGUUUUUCCCAAAAUAAAAAAUAACUGGAAGAGACCAGUUAUUUUAUCUUGAGGCCAGUGGUAGAACUACUGGCCUAAGGUAUUUCGUAUAUGUGUUUUGUUGCACACAGUGCAUUCAUUUGAGAAUUCACUGUCAAGUGUAGUUCCUCUUAGUACUUCGAGCACAGUGAUCCUGGAUACUGAUUAAUUUGGUCCAUUUUUUUUUUUUGUCUUUGUCAGUGAGGUACAACCAUACUAACAGUGGUUAAACCCUUUUAAUUAAGUUAGAUGUUUUUUCUCAUCCCAAAAGGAUAAUGUCAUAUAGAGAUUCUACUGAAUUUUACUAAUGAAUUUGUAAGUAAAUUGAAGAAAGUAAAACGAUAUUCUUCUGUAGAAAGAUAUUCUGGCAGUGUAGCUAUUGAGACAGAAACUGUUGCUGAGGCUAAAGAAAGACUAAUGGUAAUUUAAGAUAAGCUUUACAAUAACAUGAAUAGCUUCCUAGUAAUUUGCAUCUUGAACACAAGUCUGUCAAUCCUGUGUACUACUCAAAUUCUCAAAGUUACCCGAGAAUGGGAAAAUAUAUAGAACUGGUAUAUCUUAUUAGAAUGACUGUUUUAGAACUAAAUGAAAACAUAUCAAUAAUGCACUAAAUGGGAAGGUUUUACCUAUAUUCAAAUUCUCUCACUUUUGGUUUGCCUGUAGAGUUCCUAAAUCACUGGGUUUUGGCAUGUUUGCAAAUAAAAUGUGUUUUCAGUCACUUUUCAGCUUGUUAAUGUGCAGUUUGUCUCUAUGUGUAAAAGGAUGGCAAAACUCAACACAUCUAGUAAACUAGCUACUUAAUA